UUUGAGAUCAAGAUGGACCCGCUGGGGGUCCAAGGGGAGCUGGGUUGGGAAUUGGGAUGGGGAAAAAUGGUGGGCGAAGUUUUCCUCCGGCGAGAUGGAUUGAAUGAUGUGAUUUAGUGUGCCUGAUCUAUAGUCGUGAAACUAAAAUCUUUCAUAAAAACCAUAGAGAAAAAGGGUUCUGAACUAGAGCAAAGGAGUAUAUCUCAGCUUGCUAAGCAAUUCUUGGGUUUCUCCAUCCUUGACAGAGGGACCAAAGGCGGUGCAAAACGUGGUCGAUAUCAUUUCUAACGUAAAUGUUAUUGACUUUAUAUGUCACAAGCAAGUUGCUGAAACUGAAACACAUUCAACAUAAACCCUAUAAAAAGCAAUUUCACUGCAUCUGCUUUUGUCCCUGCUCGAAACAAUAGUUUCACCUCUUCUUUGUCCUCCAAGUUCUUUUUCCAGGUGAAUCCGGGAAGGUCUGCUGGCUUUUCCUGAUUAUGUUGCGAAGAGUUUAAGCAGAGCAUGUAGGUGUUGAAUGCAGGCAAGUUUAAAAAGUGAAAUGGAAAAGAUGCAUAACUUUGGGGUUCGUAAGCUGUGCUCAAUGUUUAGCGAAAGCUUUUAAGCUGGCAAGUAGCAGAAACUGAAAUGCAUUCAACAUUAACCCUAUAAAUAGCAAUUUCACUGCAUCGGCUUUUGUCCCUGCAGCUCGCAACCAUAGUUUUACCUCUACUUUCUCCUCUAAGUUCUUUUUCCAGAAAAUAACCAAUAUAAUAUGGUAUCAGAGUAAUUACGAUAUCAAUUGGCGUUACGCUUCUUCCUAGUAUAAAUGGGAGGCACAAGUGUUGUGCUUUAUGAACUUCUAAUUCCUACAUUUGAUUGAUAAAACUAUGAGUGUUGGAAGAACAAGAUGAGGACCUUGCCGUUGUCUCAAAAUCUAUGGAGCUUUGUUGAAUCUGAGUAUACUGAGCCCGAAAAUGAGACUUCUCUAACUGAUUCUGAGAAAAAAAUGACAGUCGAAUGAAGGAUUCCAAGGCAUUACUCUUCAUACAAUAGGGAGUUUCAGCCACAAUAGUUUCCAGAAUUUGUGAUGCCACCUAAUUAAGCAAAGGAAGCAUGAGAGAUUUUGAAAAAGGAAUUUCAAGACAACACCAAAGUGAUGAGAAUCAAACUCCAAUCGCCGAUGCGUGAAUUCAAGAAUUUGAAGAUGAAAUAUUCAGAGAGCAUGCAAGAUUAUUUCUCAAGAAUGAUGGAUGUUGUCAAUCAACUACGUUCAUAUGGUUGAACAUAUGACUAAACAAAAAAUCAUAGAUAAGAUACUACUUAGCCUACCAGAGAAGUACGAUUAUAUUAUUGCUGCAAUUAAAGAAGCAAAUGACACUACUAAUCUGUCUGUAGAAGAACUAAUGGGUUCACUUAGAGCUCAUGAACAAAGGAAGUAAAAACAUGCUGAUAAGUUUCUCGAUAAUGUCUCCGAACAAGACUAAAUUUUGAUGGACAAAAAAAGAAUUGGAGAAGGAGUUCAAAUUUCAAGCCUAGCUGAUGAGAUGGAAUGGAAAAAAUGAAACUAUCAUUCUAGUCCAAAUGAAAUUGAAAGAAAAGCCGAACAAGGUAUGAUUUCCAGAUUUUCUAAACCUUUGUAAAAAACCAAAUCAUUAUUCUUCGGAGUGUUUGGAGUGUUGGCAUCGUGGGAAGCCUCAAAAUAUAUUAAGUGUAGGCUAACUGGUUCAAAAUGGCCAUAGUGUCAAAUUUCAAGAUUAGUGCAAAAUCUAUGACAAAUCUAAUACCUUGAUAGCAAGAAUUUAAAUGGAUAGAAUUAGAAGUUUCCCAAUUGAGUUCAGAUAUUCAAGACAUAUUGAUUUACGAGGUGAAGUCGAGGAAGAUAUUUAGAUAUGACACAAGGGAUUUUGUCAUUUAAAUUUCAAUGGUCUAAAGCUACUGCAGAGAUUAAAUAUGGUACAUGUGCUACCAAAAUUUACAGGUGAAGCUGGAGUUUGUGAAGGAAGUGCAACAAGAAAACCACAUAGAGAAUAUUUGCCAAAAUAUAGGUCAUGGAGGGCGAGAGCUGCUUUGGAAUUAACUCAUACCAACUUAUGCGGUCCGAUUAAAAAUCCCUCACUUAGUUAAAACAUGUAUUUUCUUAUCUUUUUUACCAGGAUGACGCGGGUUUAUUUCUUGAAAGAAAAAUCAGAAACUUUUUCAAUAUUCAAAAGAUUCAAAGCUUUCGGGGGAAAGCGAAGUGGCAAAUCAAUUAAAGUGAUCAGAAGUGACAGUGACGGAGAAUAUACUUCUAUUCAAUUUUAUUAUUAUUGCAAAGAGGAAGGGAUUUGGAAGCAACUAACUUCAGGUUAUAGCCCACAACAAAACGGCAUUGUUGAGUGCAAAAAUCGCACCAUUGUAGAGAUGGCAUGAUCAAUGAUUCAUAAGAAAAGUAUGCCUACAAAAUUUUGGGCAGGGGCCGCACUCAUACAACUAUUUAUAUUCUGAAUAGAUGUCCAACUAAAGCUGUUUAUGGAGAAACUCCUAUUGAAGCUUGGAGCAGAACAAAAUCAGAGGUGAGUAAUUUUAAGAUAUUUGGUAGUAUGUUUUAUGCUCAUAUUCCUAAAGAAAAGAGAUACAAGCUUGAUAAAAAGAGUGAAAGAUGUAUAUAUUUGGGUUAUGACGAUGAAACAAAAGCAUACAGAUUAUAUAAUUUGGAGACUCGUAAUUUAAUGAUCAGUAGAGAUGUUAUAUUCAAUGAAAAGGCUUUUUCGGGCUGGAAAAAUAACAAAGUGCAGGAGCUUCGUGAUGAUGGUUUAGAAACGAAUGGAGGGGAUUCUUAAUCUCCUGGAAUCGCUCCAGCUCAGUCUCCAAAUACAUCAAGUUCUGGCUUGUCAAGCCUGCAGACUCAAAAUAGUACUCCACCAUGAAAAUUCAGAAGCCUGCAUGAUGUGUAUGAGACCUGCAAUUGUGUCUCGACUAAACCAAUCAUGUUUGAAGAAUCUGAAAAAUAUAAUGUUUGGCAAAAGGCCAUGGAAGAAGAAAUCAAGGUGAUUGAGAAAAAUCAAACUUUGGAACUUGUGGAACGUCCUAAUGCAGAAAAGUCAUUGGACUAAAGUGGAUUUACAAGAGAAAAUUGAACCCAAAUGGAACAAUACAGAAACACAAAGCUAGAAUCGUAGCCAAAGGUUAUUCACAAAAACAACGUUUGCUCCAGUUGCUUGACAUUAGAGCUGUGAUUGCAUUGGCAGCCCAAAACAGGUGGCCCUUUUACCAAUUCUAUAUGAAGUCAGCGUUUUUAUAUGGGGUGCUCACUGAAGAAAUAUAUGUGGAGCAGCCACAAAGAUUAUUCAUUAUUAAGGGGGAGGAAGAUAAAGUGUAUAAACUAAAGAAGACGUUAUAUGGGCUUAAGCAGGCUCGCCGAGGGCCUGCUUCAUGAAAAAUGGUUUCAAGAAAAGUAGGAGCGAGCCGACCUUGUAUGUGAAGAUUAAUGGCACUGAAGUGUUAAUUGUCUCACUUUAUGUUGAUGAUUUGGUUAUAACCGGGAGCAAUGAUAAAAUGAUUCAAGAUUUUAAAGAUGAUAUGAUGCUGAAGACUUAUGAGAUGAAUGAUUUCGGUUUAUUACAUUAUUUUCUUGGAAUAAAAAUACAUCAAGGAGCUGGUGGUAUUUUUAUUUCACAAAGAUAAUACACUGAGGAUAUGCUAAAGAAAUUUAAGAUGUUUGGUUGUAAAUCAGUAAGUGCUCCAUUACAGAUACAUGAAAAGUUUAAGCAAGAUGAUGGUGCAAAAAAUGUAGAUGCUUCUGCAUAUCGUAGCUUGAUUGGGAGUCUUUUAUAUCUAACAUCUACCCGGCCCGAUAUAAUGUAUGCAUCAAGUUUACUGUCCAGGUUUUGCAAAAUCCAAGUCAAAUUUAUUUAGGAGCAGCCAAGAGAGUUUUACGAUAUCUUCAAGGAACAUCGACUAUGGCAUUUUCUAUAAAUAUGUGGAGAAUCCAAAAUCUGUUGGAUUAAUUGGUUUUACUGAUAGUGACUGGGAUGGAUCAAGCAAAGAUUGCAAGAGUACAUUAGGCUAUGUUUUUUCCUUUGGCUCAGGUGCAUAUUCACGGGCCUCAAAGAAGCAGAAAUGUGUGGCACUUUCAUCAGCAGAUUUUGAGUAUAUAGCUGCAUCAAAAGCUGUUUCUCAAGCAAUAUGGUUACGUAGAAUUCUGAAGGACGUUGGACAGAAAUAAGAAAGUAGCACAAUUAUUUAUCAUGACAACAAGUCUGCAAUGGACAUUGCUCUAAAUCCGGUUUGCCAUGACACAACAAAGCACAUUGCAGUCAAAUAUCAUUUCAUAAGAGAAGGAAUUGGAGAUAGAGUAGUAAAACUGGAAUUCUGUCCCACAAGUGAUAAUCUAGCUGAUAUUCUUACAAAGGUGCUACCAAAGAACAAGUUUAAUUUUCUGCGGUAGCAACUUGGAGUAACCAGAAAAUGCAUUAAGGGGGAGUGAUGAAGUUAAUGCAUUUUCAGAAUUCACUGUAAGUGAAUCCAGAGAGACAUGUCUGUGGAAAUUUCUGAAUUAAAUGUAUUAAAAGUCAGUUUAUCAUCUUGAAGAAUCACAUGUACUAGACUACUAGUAUAAAUCAGAAUUCUUUGUAAUCUCGCAAUAACAACAGAAUUAUAAAAGAAUAAUAUUAUCAAUCUCCACCAUUUCUUUUCUGAUUUUUAUAUGAGAGUUCUGCAGUAGCAACUCAUGUAUCUCCUAUUAUAGUGUGUUCUUUGAAGAAAAUAACCAACAAGGAAGACUGGAGACUGCUUGUCUAAUUGCUUGUGCAAUGAGCAGGACCAAAAUAAUCCUAAUUACUUUAUAAACAUUGUGCAUGCAGUUCUGAGUGAAAGUGCUCAUACAUUGGGGAAAAAAAUUAGUUCAAAGAAGCCUUAAAAGCAAGCACCAUCUUAUUCGAAUGUUACUGAAGAGAGUAAUUUGGAGACUGGAGACUCUGUCAGCAGCAAUGUCGAGACAUAUACAACUGAUAAUGUUUCUUUGUUUAGUUCAUCUCAUAAAGAGGGCUACAGUUCAACAGUAUCUGCAUUCAUCCUUAUAAAAGUUAUAAAAUCUGUGCAGUUCAGAACCAAAGAUUCAGAUGUUAUACACCAGAAAAGAAAAUAGGUCAAAUGAAGCACCAUUCGAUUCAGAUGUUGCUAAAGAGAGAGAUUUAGAGGACCCAAGACAAUGUCAGCAGCAGUUUCGAGACAUAUGGAGCGCCUGAGAAUGCAGGCAUGCAUAAGAGAUGGAAAGUUCCCCGCUAUGGAUUUGCCGGCAGAGUUGCUGGCUGAAAUUGUAUCAAGAACUCCAGCUAGGACAAUAGUCUAUUGCAAAUCUGUAUGCAAAAAGUGGCGCAACAUACUCUCAGAAUCGUAUUUUGCUAACCUACAUCUCUCGAGAUCAUCUGAAGAGUUUAUAAUUCAUCAAGGCAGCAGGGACGACGAAUAUGCUAUCCUUACUCUGAUUGAACUAGAAGACGAAAGUGAACAACAUGAUAUUCACCCUGACCCUCUGAUGCGAUUUGACCUAGGACUUAACUUUGAAUGUGAAGUGAUGUGUUUAAGUGGUUCAGUUAAUGGGUUAAUUUGCAUAGAGGAUAAUUAUGAAGAGUCGGUUUAUAUAUGCAAUCCAAUUACACAAGAGUACAUAUACCUUGAAAAUCCUGACACCAAAAAGUCAUAUUUAAGCAUGCAUUAUGGCUUUGGAUUUGCUGAAACAAACAACCAGUACAAGGUUGUACGUUUUUAUCUGGAUCGUUGUCUAUCAACUGAGAAUAGUUGUCCAUCAACGGAAGGCUCAUAUAAGCUUGGGAGCGAGGUUUACACGCUUGGAACAGCCACAUGGAGAGAUCUAGGGCAUAUCCCCUUUCACAUAAGUGGAUGUGAUAUUGGUAUCUAUGUUAGUGGGAACCUCCAUUGGUUAGCUGAUGAGGAUAAAAUUAUAUGUACUUUUGACUUGGACAGAGAAAUAUAUCAGCCAAUGGCAGCUGCUCCCUGGGGAAGUGAGAAUGCUUUUAGGAGCUUGGGAGUCCUUAAAGGUUGCUUGUGCAUAUGUGAUAACACACCCUACUCUGAACUUGCCAUUUGGGUGAUGAGAGACUAUGGAGUGGAAGACAGUUGGACUAAAGAAUUCGUCACCUAUACUCAUCUGAUACAUGGUGAUAUACAUACUGACAUGAUUCGAAUCCUUAAAGUUUUCAAAGAUGGAACUGUUUUAUUGUAUUCUGAGAGCUUUCAAUUGUUCACUUAUCAUCCUCAACAUCAAACUCUGCAACAUCACAUUUACCCGGGCGGUGACUUGGACACAUUUGAUGCACAGACUUACGUCCCAAAUUUUAUGAGUCUCCACAGUUUCGAAUUGGAGGAAGUCUUCGGGUGGUAGUUCUCAAGUUCACUUAUUUUACAGCAAAGGAUACUCCAAGAUUUCAACUUGUCGCCAAGGUUCUCAAAGUCAGGCACUUUGAUUACUAUUUUUAAAGACUGGUUUAUGUUUUUAAGUUUCUUUAAAUGUCCGUCUCACAUUUGUACUUCUUCUCAAAUUUCAACAAAUUCUGGAGGUUAAAUUUGCAUUCAACGCUUGGUAUUUUAUCAUCCUAAACUAUGAAAAGAGUAGUUUUUUAUUUA